UAAGAUAACUAGUGGAAUGAACGCCGUUGGAUCAACUUAGGAAACAAUCAGACGCUUCAUUGAAAGCUUCUGUUUUUUUUUUCUCUGAUGGCGUCGUCAAGAGAAGUACACUACAGGGGCGUUCGGAAGCGUCCAUGGGGGAGAUACGCGGCGGAGAUACGUGAUCCGUGGAAGAAGACGAGGGUUUGGCUGGGUACAUUCGACACACCGGAGGAAGCCGCCGUUGCUUACGACAAAGCGGCUAGGUCUCUCCGUGGUUCCAAAGCUAAAACUAACUUUCCCUCGCCGCCGUCCUCCGCCGAUCUUUCUCUCGAUCUCAAUCUUCCGACCAAUCUCCAUCGGCGUUGGGCUUCAUCUUCGGCACACCACCAUCACCGUUUAUUUCUACAGUCUGGGGUUCAUAGGGAAACAAACUUCCACGCUGACUCUUUAUCAUCGUCAUCGGUUAAUCCCAAUGUCGUCUCCGUAUCAACCGGUCCACCGGUGCCGGUAAAUGUCUCCACGGCGUCGUUUCUAGGGAUUUAUCGACGUGGAUUACCUAUAGAUUUGAAUGAACCUCCUCCCUUGUGGCUUUGAAAAAAAACCUGGAAGACAGAACAAAGCCACAAGUUUCUUUUUCCAUUUUGAAUAGGUUUUUUUUAGGAUUUAACUUUACGUAUCUUUGCUAAUGUUUUUCCGUUCAUUUUCAGAGAUUUUCUCAUUAGAACA